AUGGCCGACGAGAAGCAAGUGGUUGUCGAGACGACACCUUCGGGGCAAACUACGAUCUCAGAUGAAAAGAUUGUGGUUCAGACUGGGGACGAGCCUGUUCAAACACCAGUUGUCAAGUCCUUUUCUGUCUUCCGUGUCGCAGACGACAUUCGAGAAGUCCGCGAUUCGACAACGGGCAAGCUUUCGUACAAAGUCGGCCUCGAAAUCAAGAACCACAUCCUCCGUCCGAAAGAGCAUAUGGUUACCCUCACGCCGAAGUCCGGAGACAAGGCUUCUUCAUCGGCAAGUGCGAAAGUCAAUGCCAAGUCUGGCGACAUCCAAAUCAGCAGCGGCGCAGAGACCCCAUGGCAGCCGCUCGAGAGGCAGGAUAUCAAGCACACCUUCUCCGCUGUGGGUCGCCAGUUGCUCUGGGAGCCCUCGUCAAUGGGCAUCGACUUGGGACAGUUCAAGCUACUCGAUGCGAAUACACAGCAAUCUCUCGCGGUCUGGAAGACCGAAGUAUCUAUUCCUGGACAAUCGGCCAAGAUCGACUUCUUCUCGACAACCGAUCCACACGCGGAAGCCCUCAGCCUAGCAGCCAUCUUCGGCAUCCUCGAAUCCAUGCACAUCGCCGCAAACCGCGACGACGACCACGGCGGCGGGUCUCGAAAAUUCGCCGGUGUCGAUCCAGGCAACUCGAUGGAUAUGGGCGCCGGCGCGGGGAUGCUCUAG